AUGGCUUCCACCUCGCCCAUUGAUGCGCAACCAGAGGUUGCUGCGCCGGCGCGAAAUGAUGCCACAACCACCACUGCGAGCAAGAAGCCGAAACUUCAUGGCAGAGCAUUCUAUGAAAGCAUCGGAAGUCCCAAGUUUGUAGUCGCCCCCAUGGUCGACCAGUCAGAGUUUGCAUGGCGCAUGCUCACACGAUCUUUCAUGACGCCUUCUGAGAACGAAAAAUUGCUCGCAUAUACACCAAUGUUCCACGCUCGUCUAUUCGAAGAAACCGCCAGAUACAGAGACACGCAUUUCCAAGCAGUACAUCCGGUACCCGCAGCGAAAAAAGGCGAGCCUGAGCCGCCAGUCGACACUACCCCGUGGCUGGACGGAAACCCCAACUUCGACCGACCAUUGUUUGUGCAGUUCUGCGCCAACGAACCCUCACAUCUGCUCGCUGCUGCUCAGCUCGCGGCACCGUACUGCGACGCCGUGGAUCUCAACCUAGGAUGUCCCCAGGGGAUCGCUCGGAAAGGUCACUAUGGUGCCUUUUUGCAGGAGGACCAGGACUUGAUCUACAGGCUCAUCAACACAUUACAUGAAAACUUGCCAAUUCCUGUAACGGCCAAGAUCAGGUGCCUCGACACAAAAGAGGCAACCCUGGCUUACGCCAAGAACUGUUUGGCUGCGGGCGCAAGUAUCGUCACAUUGCACGGGCGGAGAAGGGAGCAAAAAGGACAUUUGACGGGUCUUGCCGACUGGACCUACAUUCGUUAUUUGAGAGACAACCUUCCACCAGAGACGGUCAUCUUUGCCAAUGGCAAUAUCCUGCAACGAAGCGAUGUCGACAAGUGUCUCGAGGUCACGGGUGCCGAUGCCAUCAUGAGUGCCGAGGGCAACUUGAGCGAUCCCUCCAUCUUUGCAGAACUGCCGCCACCCGACUUUGAGACUCGAGAGUACUGGCGCGGCAAAGACGGCAAGGGUGGAUACAGGGUCGAUGCCAUUUUCAGGCGGUACAUGGACAUUAUUUAUAAACACGUGGUGAGGGAUAUCCCGGCGCCAGUACGGAGACCCUUGUUUGUCGUUGGCGACGAUGAGGGUUGGAUGCAGCAGGCACAAGCCGAAGAAGAGCCAGAAGAGGAAGGCCCUGCAAAGAAAAAGAGGAAGAAGGAGGGUGGCUCAAAGCCAAAACCAUGCUUUGAUCCCAACUUGUUGGCGAUGAGGCCCCAUUUAUUCCAUCUUUUGCGGCAUUUCGUGGCAAAGAACACAGACAUUCGCGACGCACUGGCCAAGGCGCGCCCUGGCGAUGUUCCGGCCUUUGAGAACGUCUUGCAGCUCGUCGAGCACCGGGUCGCGCAAGGAUUAAUUGAGUACGCAAAGACGGAUGGAAAAAGCGCCGAGGAGGCCGAGCCGGAAACAGAGGCCGUACCGGCUGCUCAAACAGACACAAACACGAAUGACAAUGGUGUCGAUGCCAACGGAGAAGCAGACGCUCCUCUGGAUUCGGAGAGCUCGGUAGCCAUUGUGAAAAAGUGCAAACGACCUUGGUGGAUCGCUCAACCCAUCAUCAGGCCGCUGCCAAAGGAAGCAUUGGCCAAGGGAGCACUAUCUCUGAGCAAGAAGGACAAGAAGAAGAUGGAGGAGGAGCUGCAGAAGACUGGCGAGGCUGAGAACAAUGGGGGUGACGAGACUUGCCUACCAAAGCCCGACGGCCCGGACGGUAUCAAGGAGCCAAAGAUGGACGACAAGCAAAAAGGCCUUGUUAGUGACGAGCUGGUGUGUGGAUAG